AUGCUCUCGGUCGCUCAAUUUCGAGGCAAAGCUCGCUCGCCAUCGAAUCUAACGGCCCUCAGCCUGAUUCUCGUCUCGAUAAGCCUCGUAAUCAAGCUGGUCGGGACAUUCCUAGUCAAAAAACAAAUAUCGCAUUUGACAAGAGAGUACAGUUACGUCGGAAGCGACUACCCUGAACGCUGGCCCAUCGAGCGGAAGAGCGUUUUAAUGCAAUUCGAAAACCCGAUGCACUUCCAGCUCGACACUCCGGAUGGCGUAGCGGAAUGGGCCGCCAUGGCGCCAGGCAACGGCGUCGUCCACCUAGGCCCGUACCGCCAACCGUUCACCGUCAGCAUGCUUCAUCAACUGAAAUGCCUCGACGUUAUCCGCCAGGAGAUGGUGCGCGAUCGUACGAAGGAUGCCGGGCGGUACGUCGGCCCGACGGAGCUAGGACGCCACUGCCUGAACUACAUUCGCCAAAUGGUGACGUGCCGAGGCGACUUGGAGCUCGAGUCUUUCCAGUUUGCGUCGCACAAGAAUCCGAUUGAGUGGCGGGGUGUGUACGAAUGCAAGGAUUGGGAUGCGGUCUUCAAAGAGGUCAGGAAGAAUCAGGAAGAACACGAGAAGUGGGUGAAGGAGGGGAAAAAGUCUUGA